CCAGGGUUGUAAAUAGAUAAGGAAGCAAAGAAAAAAAAUGCUUGGACUAUGCAUCAAGCUAGCUGUACUCGUCUUUACAACGAUGUUGUGCAUAUGUACAACGAUCACCAAUCUUCACCCUCUGAUUUUGGUUCCAGGGAGUGGCGGGAACCAACUUGAAGCGCGGUUAACUACUGGUUACAAGCCCCUGAGUCUGUUUUGUAACCGUUGGUACCCAAUUUCCAAGGAUAAAGAAGGUUGGUUCAGACUGUGGUUCGACCCCAGUGUGCUGCUGGCUCCAUUUACCAAGUGUUUUGCUCAUCGUAUGAUGCUUUAUUAUGACCCCGAUUUAGAUGAUUACCGCAAUGCUCCCGGCGUUGAAUCCAGGGUCCCUGCAUUUGGUUCUACCGACUCCCUCCUCUACCUCAACCCUAAUCUAAAGAAACUCACAGCAUACAUGGCACCUUUGGUAGAUUCCUUGGAGGAGAUUGGUUAUGUGAGUGGUGAAACCCUGUUUGGAGCUCCGUACGACUUUCGGUAUGGGUUAGCAGCUGAAGGCCACCCGUCCCGUGUGGGCACCAAGUUCCUGGAAGACCUAAAACAUCUGAUAGAAAAAGCAAGCGCUUCCAAUGGAGGAAAGCCAGUGAUUCUCCUCUCCCAUAGCUUGGGAGCGCUUUACGUACUCCAGCUUCUCAACCGAAAUUCACCCUCUUGGCGCCAACGAUACAUCAAACACUUGGUUGCACUUUCAGCUCCUUGGGGCGGCACGGUUCAAGAAAUGCUGACUUUUGCUUCUGGGAGUUCUUUCGGGGUGCCUCUGGUUGAUCCGUUGCUGGUUAGCGGGGAACAAAGGAGCUCCGAAAGUAAUCUAUGGUUGCUGCCUUCUCCUAAGCUUUUUGGUCCUGAAAAUGCUCUUGUUAUCACUCCGGACGAGGCUUAUUCGGCUCUUGAAAUCCCACAAUUUUUGAAUGACAUUGGAUUUCCGGAAGGGGUGAUACCUUAUAAAUCACGAAUCCUGCCCUUGACGGUGGCAUUACAAGCUCCCAAUGUUAGUAUUACCUGUAUAUUUGGGACAGGCGUGAAGACUCCAGAGACUUUGGUUUAUGGGGAAGCAGGGUUCGAUGAGCAGCCAGAGGUGGUUUAUGGGGAUGGAGAUGGGACGGUGAACUUGGUGAGCCUGUUGGCACUCGAGUCACUCUGGAAUAUUGACGAAAAUCAACCACUUAAGGUGAUCCGAAUCAGUGGGAUUUCUCAUACUUCAAUACUUGAAGAUAGGGCAGCACUUGAAGAAAUAAUAGCAGAAAUUUCUUCAAUCAAUUAUGUAGCCCAGGUCAAAAUCUCUUCUGGGUAGAGCCUUCGAUCACCAACUUUUCAGAUCUUCCAUUGUACAUGAACGGUUCCAACUUUGGAUUUAAUUAGAACAUUGCAGGCCUAGGAUGUGCAAAUAUACUUCAUUCAAUCUGGGAAGGCGUGAUUCGAGUUAAAACGAGUAAAAUUCGGUUAAAAUUAAGCUAAUUGAUCAAUUUGUGUGUCGACAAUAAAAUGAAAUAUGUAAAUGUUCUUUAAU